CAAAACAUCACUCUACACAUUUUGUUAUUUCUUUUGGAAGCACAGUAAACCUCCCUCCCUCGUUUUCUUCUGCAACCGGAGAACAAUGGAGACAACACCACCGGCACCGGAGGGUUACAUCAUAAACGAAUCGGAAAUAGAAUACGUGAGCUACAGCGGUGAACACCACUUACCCCUUAUCAUGCGCCUUGUUGACGAAGAACUCAGCGAACCCUACUCCAUCUUCACCUACCGCUAUUUCGUCUACCUCUGGCCCAAUCUCUCCUUCCUCGCUUUUCAUAACGGCAAAUGCAUCGGGACCGUUAUUUCUAAGAUGGGAGAACACCGUAACACUUUUAGAGGAUAUAUUGCUAUGCUUGUUGUUCUCAAACCCUACCGUCACAAAGGCAUUGCUACAGAACUUGUUACCAGAUCUAUUAAAGUUAUGAUGGAAUCGGGUUGUGAAGAGGUGACAUUGGAGGCAGAGGUCACUAAUAAAGGAGCUCUUGCGUUAUACGGCCGACUUGGAUUUAUAAGAGCAAAAAGGUUAUUUAGAUACUACUUGAACGGCGUUGAUGCGUUUAGAUUGAAGUUGCUAUUUCCGCACCCAGAAUUACCUUCUGGAAUAUCAUCAGUUCUUGAGAGUUAUGAAGCAAAUGAAGCCAAAAAAGAUAGGUCCUUAACUCAAGUUUAGAGUCAGUUUUUAUAUAUAUAUUUGAACCUUUUAUUGGUGUAAGAAAAUGCUUAUUUGAUUUUGAUAAUCUGUUGUUAUUGGCUGCGGCUUUCUGUCUUCAAGCUAGAUAUGUUAGUCAUCUGAUGGCCUGUUAUAGGUUAAGGAACCGAGUAUAAGUUAACAAUUUGACUAAAAAGUCAAACUGUUUUGUUUUUAAUACUUUAAUCCUAGAUUUAAAGUUUAAACAA